AGAAAGAGAGAGAGAGAGAGAGAUCAGAGGAUAUUAUUUUUCUAAUAAUAAAUAUUAAUAUUUUGCUUCCAUCAAGUUGUAUUCGCAGUAUUAUGCUAUCGACAAAUAUAGUUUUCUACGUUUGAACAACAUACCGGUAUAUACAUGCAGACGAAUUGAAUUCCGCGUUCAAGUCACUCCCUUUAAAUCAAAUCCUGCAAUGAUCAGUCUUUGGGACAGGUUAUUACGUGGUCCAACACUAUUCUCUAGGUAGGACCAGUUUCACAAAGUUGUUAGCCAUUAGAUGAACGUGAACACACACCGAUCUUAGAAUUUACCGUAUCUUGAUGAACGAGUUACAUGAACAACUUGGUAUAAAAGAAGUGUUAACUUUCCGUGUUCACGUUAGUUCAACGGUACACGUGUCUUAAUAUGAAGCUACUGUUGCUGCUUGGAUUGAUCGUCCUGGUCCUUGGCCAGGAAACAAUUGUUUCUACGAGAUCCAACGACAAUAAGGAAAUAGAACAGCAAGCAACAACGAUACUCCAAGUACAACCAAGCGGUCAAGAAAACGAAGCCAACAAAAAAUUAACGAAGAGAAGUUUUGGUUGGGGUCCUUGGGGAUACGGAGGUGGUUAUGGUGGUUACGGUGGUUAUGGUGGUUACGGUUGGCCUUGGUAUGGUGGGUGGGGUGGUGGAUGGUAUGGUGGUUGGUACCCUGGCUGGCCUUGGUGGUACGGUGGUUAUGGAGGUUGGUAUGGUCAUGGUGGAUGGUACAAAAAAUGGUAAUCUAUGAAACGUAAACAGAUUAUCAUUUAGUAUACGUGCGUCAUCAUUAGUGAUAUCUAGCUAUCGAAGAGAAGUUUAGUUCGUAAUCACGAUUACAUUUUUAACGAAAGGAAAUUAAUUAGAAGAUCAAGUUGAUCGAAAAUAAGUAAAAACGACGAUACUCUAGUUAAAUUUUAACACGUAAAGUUGGCUAGCGAAUAAGUUCAAUAUCAUUGCUCACGCAUCAUCAUGUUU